CUCCUUUUACUGGCAUGAAGCAUCACAUCAUUCUUGACGAUAUUUAACUGACGCCAUUUUGUUUUUCAUUGCGACCGCGUUGUGAUGUGCUCGUGUGAUUUGUAUUCGAAGAAUCUUGGUUUAUAUUUAGAUUGAUUGUGUGUUAAUACAUUAUACUUUUUUUGUUUAUUUUAAAUACGAAUACUCAUCAUGUCUGAUCGUGAGAGAAGCCGAUCGAGGACGCGCAACGGUUCACGGGAGCCGGCUCCAAAGGUUGCAGCCAUGUCGCGUGGUCAUAGCCGAAGCCGGUCACGCACGCCGCCCCCGCCAAAAGCUUCCAGCAGGAAAUAUAGAAGCCCUACUCGUUCCCGCUCUGGAUCUCCACGGCGCGCCUACCGCGGUUCGCGCUACUCGCGCAGCCGCUCGCGGUCCUACUCUCCACGUGGCUCUUACCGCCGAUCCCAUAGCCAUAGUCCUAUGUCGUCUCGUAGACGGCAUAUUGGUGAUCGAGUGAGGCUUUUGGAAAAUCCGACUCCAUCACGUUGCCUCGGCGUUUUUGGUCUGAGUCUCUACACAACCGAACAGCAGAUUCACCAUAUUUUCUCAAAAUAUGGGCCGGUUGACAAAGUCCAAGUUGUCAUAGAUGCUAAGACUGGUCGUUCGAGAGGCUUUUGCUUCGUGUACUUCGAGUCGCAGGACGACGCGAAGGUCGCAAAGAACGAGUGCACGGGCAUGGAGAUCGACGGGCGUCGCAUCCGCGUCGACUACUCCAUCACGCAGCGUGCGCACACGCCGACGCCCGGCAUCUAUAUGGGGAAGCCCACGCAUGUGAGAGGCGAUAAUGGUUACGACAGGCGCCGAGACAGAGACAGCGACUACUACUACCGCGGCAGCUACCGCGAGCGCGAGCGCGACUACUACGCGCGCUACCGCCACCGCUCCCCGUCGCCGCACUACCGCCGCCGCCGCUACGAGCGCGAACGCUCCUACUCGCCGCGUCGAUUUUAAUGUCGUGACGCUGUCAUCAUAGAACGUGUAGAAUAUAUUUUGAUACACCACUACUUCCAAUGUCCGCCGGUCUCUAAUGCAUUUAUAUUGUACCUGUACGGCCGGCGUAGUCGCGAGAUGAGUUUUUUUUGUAAGGCAGGACUCUGCCCCGGAGACGAUAAGUUGUUUAUGUUUAGAAGCGAUAAAAGGGUUUAGAUAUAAGUUAGCGAGUAAGCAGCCAGCGGGUGGUCGCCUCUAAGAUGUAUAAAACUAGCUCUAAUAAAGGUCUAACACUAAGUCUAAUAUUGAUUUUGUUUGUUUGAAAAGGUAUUGAAACAAGAAGUAAAGGAUGAAGUUCCUUGAAAAAACUAACUGUGUUGAAGUUUUGAAAAUGUUUGAUUGAAAUGAAAAGCCCUUUCGAAAUGGUCGCUGAUCCCGGACCGGCCGGUCGCCGAAAAGAAAGUGUCGGCGCCGGAACGAAGGCGCGAAUGUAGCUCGGUCGCGAAAAGAAUAUGAUCGACACGUUUGUAGUUCAAGCUCAAGCUCGCAAGACGCAAGACGGAAGUCGCACGCGCACGCGCAAUGAUCAUAUUCUUUAUCACACCACUUUUAAACCGAACCGAUCCUAACACGUUACAGUAUUCUGGUACAGAUUAUAUAUAUGGUGAUCCUUAUGCAUUUUAUCCGAUGGUAUAUAUAUCUAUGUCUAUUGAUAUUAGUCUGGUAACACAGUAAUUUAGUUGUAGACCUGUUUUGUGAGCGACUUGUUAAUAAAUUGAUAGUUUUCUAAUGUCA